GCUGGCAAAAUAAUGUAAACGUUUGGUGUUUAUAACUAAAAAGACUAUAAAUCAUGACGCAAGAGACAAUAAUAUUAAUAUUAUUAGUAAUAGUUAUGCUGGUUGGUUCCUAUCUCGCUGGAAGUAUACCUAUGUUGAUGAAAUUAAGUGAGGAAAAGUUAAAAAGUGUCACUAUCCUCGGCGCUGGCCUGUUGGUGGGAACUGCUCUAACCGUUAUUAUACCAGAAGGUAUUCGUUCAUUAUAUACUAUGGGCGCCGUCGAACACCAAGAUUAUUCACAAAAAAUUGGGCUUUCCCUUGUGCUGGGUUUUGUCUUUAUGAUGCUAGUGGACGUAUCACAGCGACGGAGUAGUAUUGGAGGUGAAACUAAAAAUGGUGCAACUACUUUAACGCUUGGAUUGGUGGUUCAUGCGGCAGCUGACGGUAUUGCCUUGGGUGCCGCGGCCACGACUAGCCAUCAAGAAGUGGAAAUAAUUGUAUUUUUGGCAAUAAUGCUUCACAAGGCACCUGCCGCCUUUGGUCUGGUAACUUUUCUGUUACAUGAAAAAGUUGAUCGACAAAAGAUUAGACAGCAUCUGGCAGUUUUUUCCUUAUCGGCGCCAUUGCUAGCGAUUUUAACAUUUUUUUGUAUUGGCCAAGAGCAAAAAGAGACAUUAAAUUCAGUCAAUGCAACGGGCAUUGCCAUGCUUUUUUCAGCUGGUACAUUUUUAUACGUGGCCACUGUGCAUGUCCUACCUGAACUCACCCAAGGUGGUGGUGGACCUCGUCAGCAUGAUUAUCGCUUAUUAGAAGAAUCACCGCGGGAUAUUGUUACUAGUGACAAUACUGGUAGCAACAGUAUACAAGCAUUAAAAUAUAGCGAAUUAGUUAUAAUGAUUUGUGGUGCUUUGCUACCACUAAUAAUUACUUUUGGACAUAAGCAUUAAAAUAAUUUAAACAUUUUAUUAACUAAAACAUUUUUAAGAUAAGGGUUUAUAUGCAAUAAUGUACUUUUUUUAAUAAAUAUACAUAUACCUUAAUUUUUAAGAGAAAAAUAGAAUCAAUAAACUCCUAGGUGCCAAUAGUAUCGUUAAAAAAGACGGCGAACAAACCAGAAAUUGUUAAGCUAACUAUUGUAAACAAUAUUUCACUUACAAAUUUGUAUGAACCAAAAUUCCAUUUUAUUUCGGUCGUGAACCAUCUUUAUAAAAACAAAAAUAUUAAAUAAUUGUCUGAAAUUUUUGUCAACAAACGUUGUAAGGAUAAAUAAAUUAAAAAAUAAAUGUUAUUAUAUAAAUAAAUGAGUAAUUGGACGAGGACUCCUGAAAUACAUGGUUAUAAUUUAUGUAACUGUUAUUGUAGUAUUAAGCUUUUCCAAAGA